GCCAUUGGCUGCGGGCUGCAGGAGUCAGCUUUCACGGGGGCCGAUCAAAAAGUUCCCCUCGGCUCUGCGAAGUCGCUGUCUGAGCAGAGGCAGCGGAUGCAGGAGGCCGGGCGCUCUCGCAUUCCUCAGGAGAUCGCCUGCAGUGGGAUGAGAGCGCUUCUGGCUGCCGGCAGAGCCGGGCGAGGACGGGCGCCGCGGAGCCGCGCUCCUGCUUUCCUCCCGCCGCCCGGGCCGAGCAGCCAUCCCUUCUGGCAUGCUCCUCAUCCCUGAGGACACGAUGUCUCAGUACUCCACCAACUUCCUGCUGCUGCCCAUCCCGGAGUACCCCGCGCUGGACUGCGCGCCCAACAAAAUCAUCAAGCUGGUGGUGCUGGGCGGCAGCGGCGUGGGCAAGACAGCCCUGGUCGUGCGCUUCCUCACAAAGAGAUUUAUUGGGGACUACGAAGCCAACACUGGUGCUUUGUAUUCCAGGAAGUUCACCAUAGAUGGGGAACAGAUCUCUCUGCAGGUGCAGGACACUCCCUUUGUCUCAUUGGAGGACGACACGGACAGCAUCUGCUGCCAGGAGCAGAUAAACCGCUCCAUCUACUGGGCCGACGGCUUCGUCUUCGUGUUCUCCAUCACGGACUACGAGAGCUUCCGCCUGCUGCGCCCGCUGCACCAGCACAUCCGCAGGAUCCACCCCAACGCCAACAUCCCCCUGCUGCUCAUGGCCAACAAGGGCGACCUGCUGAGGGCCAGGCAGGUGUCCUCCAAGGAGGGGCUGCAGCUGGCCACCGAGCUGGGUGGCACCUACUGCGAGGUGUCGGCGCGGGAGAGCUGCGAGGGCGUGCACGAGGCCUUCCAGCAGUUGUGCCAGGAGCUCAGCAGGAGCAGCAGCAGCUGCAAUGGGGAGAAGAGGAGAGGUCUCCACCUGGUGAGGCCCAAGUCGCCCAACAUGCAGGACUUGAAGAGGCGUUUGAAGCAGGCUCUGACUUCCAAAGGCAAAUCUGCCACCACGCUUUGAUGUUCCCGCCUGGGAAUUGUGUUCUGGAGCCCUGGGAAAAAGGGCAACAAGCUGGGAAAAAGGGGCAUCAGUUCAGCUAUCAGGUUGUGUGAGAGACUCUCAGUCCUGUGAGAGACUCUUUCGUUUGGUCUUCACAUCUCCCUCAAAAAGCCCUGCUCGUUCAGCAAAGGAACUCACAGAAUUUGCUCUCUGGAGCAAGGAUUUCAAAACUGUGGUUUUAAAAAAGAGAUCAUCCCAAAUUCAUUCUAUCUUUUUAUUUCUUUUUGGAAGUCAAGUCAAACAUCUUGGUGUUAAAAAGUGGGUUUUGUUAAUGAGAAUAAUGAAAUCCUGCUUUUAAGAGAUGUGACUUCCCUUGGGGAUGAUUGUGUUCCCAAACACAGGCAGCGAACUACAGCAGGGCUUGAGGAGAGUGACGGGAGCUGUACUGAGCAAGAAAAAUGGACCAGAUCUGCUUCAGUGCAAGAGUGGAAAAUAAAUGAAUUAAUUCAUUUAAAUGAAGAGCAUAAAUAGUGAGAAGUAUUAAUUGAAAGAAAGAGUUCUGAGCAAUGGGGAGAGAUUUGUUCAUAUGCAAACUUAAGCCUUACAGUGUCUCUUUAAAGGGAGAUUUUUUAAAAAAUCACUAUUUUUUCAGAUUAUUUUUGUUUAAAAGCACAGUGACUGCUUCUGAAAGUGAUUAUUUGGGCAAAAUUUGGAGCAGCAUUCUGUAGUUACCAAUGUCACAAUGUCCAGUAGUUUCUCCAUGGCAUUUCCCAUUUUUCUGAAGGUUUCUUACACGGCAAAAGGAAAAAAUAGAUCAGAGUGGUUUAAAACCUGCCAAAAAAUGAGCUUCACUGAUCAAGGAGAGAGCAAGGAGGUCACCUAAAACUCUUAAUUUUUUUUUUCCCCAAAAUAGUUAGACUUCAAGUUCAAAAUGCUUUUAAAGAAACAAAGCCUUCACAUGAAACAUAUUUACAUCAUUAGGUUGUCCAGGGCUUUUUUAAGAAGAAAAGGUUUUAUGAUGCCUGAAAUUUUUGGCUUUGGGAAUUCAUUAUUUUGUUGUUUGAGUGUUUGUUGUUAAACCCAGGCUUCCCUGAACAGCUCCCAGAGCAUCCCAGCCUGUCAGGACAAAUCCCAGUGGCAGCGUCUAGUUGUGCCUCAGCACGUCCAAGGAUUUGGGGCUGCAUCCCAGGAACUGAUUUAUGGAACCAAAAACAGCACAGGGAGCUCCCAGCACUCUGUUCUCAGUGAGAUGGGGAGCAAUGGGCUUGGACCAUGUAAAAUUCAUGAUGCUCCAACGUCUUCUUCAAAGAGAGCAGAUGAGCAAUUCAAGGACCAUGAAAUGAAGUCAAGCUCAGUGAUUUAUACUCAGGGACACUGGAGGGAAACCCGAGUUUGAUGGAUAUGGAAAAACACUCCCAGCUGCAGUUUCAUCUGGCAAGACUGAGCUAAAUCAACCUUUUCCUCAUUAGGAGAAGCAAAAAUGGAAAUGAAGUCUGAUGAGUAUUUGUAUAGCUCAGGGCUUUAAAAUGUACUUUGUAUUUUUCAUUUCCCUAUAUUAGACAGCUCUAGCCAUGAUUUUAUCACCUGGAUUUGCCUUAUCUCCAGCUCACUUUCUGUUUUAUUUAUUGUUUUCCACAGCUGCUCAUCUGAGAAUGUCUUGUGUUCUGAUUCAUUUAAGAGUCUUUCAUUCCCACAAAUGCUCUGCACCUGGUUUUAAAUUCAGUUUCAAGUUGUAUUAGGAGGGGAACAGUUGGAUCAUCCAAAAAGGGACUCAAAUUAUGUCAGGGAAUUUUUACUUUGGCUUAAUUAAAAAUUUGGUGUUUGAGCAGUGUCAUUCAUCAUCCCAGGCACACUGGUAUUUAUGGCAUGGAAUUUCAAUGUUUUAAAUUAAUAACACCACAGCUUCAAAUACUGAAUGUGAAAUUCAAUAACUCAAAUAUUGAAUCUAGAGAUUCAAUGGCUCAAAUACUGAGUCUAAAGAUUCAAUAACAAGAAAUAGAACAAGACACAUAGAAAUGGAAGUAUUUUUGUGUUGGAAAAAUGAUCACCAAUUUUGAAUAGCAAUUAACAAUUUUGCCAUUCCAGUACUGCAUAACAAGGGCUAAAUUUGCUGAAGACAUUUUGCUGACAUUGAUUUGUUUGCAACUUCCUUCAGCUCAAAUCCUUUCUAAUUUGGGAAGAAAUGUCACCAAAAUUCCAACCUGUCAAUAUUUUAGUUCCAUUAGUGAUUAAUAAAAACAUGCAAGGUCUUCCCUGAGUAAAAUGGCUUCUCUGUGUGUCAAAUAUUUAAAUAUUCCUUGUUUACACUAAAAUUUAUUGUUUUCCCUUCUUACAACCUAAGACACCCUGCUUUGGAAAUAUUCCUUAUGUAAGGAAAUACUCCUUAUGAAAAUAAGUAUUCCCACAU